UUUUCCAAGAUCAUUUAAGGGAAUUUAAAAAAUUGGAUUUUUCAUGAUCAUUUUUAUCUCAUUUCUUUUAAUCCAAAUAGAAAUAAAAUGAUAAAUUUUACGGUGAAUCGGGUUAUAUAUAUUUACAUAUAUAUAAUAAUUCGUAAUAGUAGCCUAAUGAGAUAGGUGCUUUCUGAUAACUGCAGCCUAAAUAUAGUAAUGUAAGAAUGAAGAGAUAAAUUUGUAAAAUUAGAAAGAAAACGGAUUCUAAAUGGAUCAUCAUUUGCAAGGGAGAAAGCAAGUGGCUUCUCCUGAAGUUGCAAUUGCCAAUGAGGUUUUUGAUCAAUUUUGCAAUGCUUCUACUCUUAAAUCAAUUCUUGGUUAUUACCGGCAUCUAUGUGACCUUUUAAAAUUACGGCCUACUAAUAUUAAUCAAUUUUAUCCAAAACUUAAAUCUAAAUUAAGAUCAUGGAAGGCACAGGCAUUGUGGAAAAAAUUCGAUCAAAGAGCUAAUCACAAAUGUUAUAAUAGAGGAAAGGCUUGCUCUUGUACGAGGGUUUUAAUUAUCGGAGGUGGACCAUGUGGAUUAAGAUCAGCGAUUGAAGCUCAAUUACUUGGAGCAAAAGUAGUGGUUAUUGAAAAACGUGAUCGAAUGUCAAGGAAUAAUGUUCUUCAUUUAUGGCCUUUUGUAAUACAAGAUCUUCGAAGUUUAGGGGCAAAAAAAUUUUUUGGUAAAUUCUGUGCCGGUGCAAUUGAUCAUAUUAGUAUUCGACAAUUACAGUGUAUACUUUUAAAAGUUGCUCUAAUUCUUGGUGUCGAAUUUCAUGAGAAUGUUAGUUUUGAUCUUCUUUUAUCGCCUCCAGAAAAUCAGGAUAGUGAAAAAAUUGGAUGGAGAGCAAAAUUCACGCCAUCUAAUCAUCCAGUUUCACAAUAUGAAUUUGAUGUGCUUAUUGGUGCUGAUGGAAAGAGAAAUACUUUAGAUGGUUUUAGGCGUAAAGAAUUCAGGGGAAAAUUGGCAAUUGCAAUAACUGCUAAUUUCAUUAAUAAAAGAACAGAAGCUGAAGCGCGUGUUGAAGAAAUAAGUGGAGUGGCAUUUAUUUUUAAUCAAAAAUUUUUUAAGGAAUUGUAUCAAGAAACGGGAAUUGAUUUAGAAAAUAUUGUUUAUUAUAAAGAUGAUACACAUUAUUUUGUGAUGACAGCUAAAAAACAUAGUCUAAUCGAUAAGGGCGUUAUCCUUCAGGAUCAUGCAGACACUGCAAAAUUACUUGAUAAGGAAAACGUUGAUCGUGAGGCAUUGAUGCUCUAUGCAAGAGAGGCAGCUGAAUUCUCGACAGAAUAUCAAAUGAUGGAUUUAGAAUUUGCAGUUAAUCAUUAUGGACAGCCAGAUGUUGCAAUGUUUGAUUUUACAUCAAUGUACGCUGCAGAAAAUGCUAGUCGAAUUAUUGAACGACGGGGACAUAGACUUUUUAUGUCACUUGUUGGUGAUAGUCUUUUGGAGCCUUUUUGGCCAACGGGUUCUGGUUGUGCAAGAGGUUUUUUAAGUUCCCUUGAUGCAUGUUGGGCCAUAAAAGGAUGGGGUGCAUCUUUAAAUCCAUUGGAAGUUCUUGCCGAGCGAGAAUCCAUAUAUAGAUUAUUAGGUCAAACAACACCAGAAAAUUUAAAUAGAGAUUAUGCCGCUUAUACUUUGGAUCCUCAUACGAGGUAUCCAAAUUUAAACAUUCAUUCAGUGACACCAAUUCAAGUACGAAGUCUUUUAGACACUGACGAUCCAGAAAAUAUAAAACAACCUCCAUUUCUUUCAACAGUUGAUGUUCCUAAAAAACGACGUAGAAGAGACUUUCAAAUACAUCCGGAAAAUCUACUUCGUUGGUUACAAAAGCAAGUGGACUUUAGCGAUUCAGUUAAAAUUAAUGAUAUGGGUACUUGUUUCAAAAAUGGUUUAGCACUUUGCGCAAUAAUCCAUAGAUACAGACCAGAUUUAAUAGACUUUCAAUCAUUAAGUUCUGAGGAAUCGGCAAAAAAUAAUCAACUCGCUUUCGAUAUUUUACAAAAGGAAUUCAACAUAUCUCCUAUAAUGACGGGAGAAGAAAUGGCAGCCUGUGAUAUUCCUGAUAAAUUAUCCAUGUUUUCUUAUUUAACCCAUUUAUAUGAAGCAUUCAGAGGAGAAAUUCCUCAUAUCAAACACCUUAAAUUGGAAUUUGAAGAAAGAAAAGAAGAAAAACCAACAUUCUCAAAAUAUUUGAGCCAAGUUAAUCAGGAUUCACAAUUAAUUAAUCGGAUUCCGAAACAGGAAACAACUCGAGUGCGUCACUCUCGUGUUUUUUGUGGUUAUGAUAAUUUUUCUGAGAAGGUUGCCGAUGUUACGAGCCGACGAUCAAGAAAACGACGCAGCACAGAAAAAAUGGGUGCCACUGUGGCGGAAAGGCAGAAGAGACUCGAAGAUAUAGAAAAAAAUCGAAUAGAACGUAUGAUGAAGCGUCAAUAUCUACGAAAAAUGGCAACUCAACAAUUUUACAAAAGUAUACAAAUGCUAUCGGCUAAUGCUAAACGCGAAAAGGAAGAACCUUUUGAAGAUUAUUCUAUAUUUUUAUAUCGACAAACCGCUCCCGAUUUUAAGGACAGAGUGAAAGAUCUCGAAAUGAAAAUACUUUAUCCAGAUCGUGAUCCAAAAAUGCAUUUUGGUCAUCAUAAAAAGAACGCAGACAAUGAAUUUUCUGGUAGAAUAAAAAAUAUCGAGGACAAAUUGAAAGGAACAAUUUCUUCGGAAAAAAAACCAAAGGAUCUUUUGAGAGCAAUAGGUAAAAUCGAAAAAACUGAUUGGAAUGUAAAGGAGAUUGAAAAGAAAAUUGAAGAGAAUAAAAUGGGUCGUGGUGUAAGAAGUCAUGAUAAAGUGGAACGAGUGCCAAAAUGGAGUCGUGAACAGACGUCUAUAUUUUUUAUUCAGUUUUUAGCUCGUCAAAUUAAAAUGGAGAAAAAAGGUCAUGAUUCCUAUGAAAUUGAGAGUAAGUAUGCCGAUAUUGACAAUACACUUAAGACAAUUGAUCGAAAAAUUAAAGAAGGCAAUGUUCUUGGACAUAAUAAAGUCUCGGCAAUGGCUGAGCAAUUUUCGACUAAAAAUCAAGAUUCCGAACCCAAGGUGCAGAGAUCGAAUUCAAAAGUGACUGUUGCGUUACCAACGCAGGGUGGUUCUGAAAUGUGCCACUUUUGUAAUAAAAGGGUUUAUCUUAUGGAAAGACUGAGUGCUGAGGGAAAAUUUUUCCAUCGUGGUUGCUUUCGCUGUGAAUAUUGUUCAACUUCACUUCGAAUAGGUAAUCACACAUUUGACAGAGGAAAGAAUGGAGGACGUUUUUAUUGUUCGCAGCAUUUAGGCCUUUUAGGAACAAUGAAGACAAGAAUGGAGAAAAAAAAAAUUCCAAUGAUGAACAAAGAAAAUAUACCAAAUGUCUCGAUUAACACAAAUACACCCGAUAAACCUAAAGUGUCUUUAGAAGGAGUUACCGGUCUUGAUUUGCUUGAUCGAGGUCAAACACCAGAAAGAAUAGAAUUUGAAAAUUUAGCCAGAGUAUCGGAUGCUGAAGAUGCUCACAGUCAAAUGGAUGAAGAUGAGUGGACAGAUAGAAAUUUUGGCGCAUCUGCUGCGGAAAUGGGUUCUAGUGAUGAUAUUUCUGAUUUGAGUGAUUCAGAGGAAGAUAAUGAAGUUUUUGAAGAGGCAAUUGAUCAACCUUUGACAACAGAAGGAACACUUGAACUCGCAAAAAAUUGGACUCUUCGCUACUCUCAAUACCAUCCUUCAGAAGAACAUUCAGAUACUGGAAGUAAUGAAUACGAGGAUUCCACUGACGAGUGCACAAGUGAAGACGAUGAUAGUGCAACGGCAACUGAGAAUGAAGAUGAUGUUCGUGCAAGAGAAUUGAGAAAACAAGAAGUUUGGCUAAAAGUACCAUCUCAAAGUUCUGACACAGACACCGGCUCCGAAACUGAGGUUGCAUCAGAUGAAUCAACUGAGGAUAGUGAAGAAAAUUCAGCAACGGAAAUAUCAACAGAUUCUGAAUUUGAGCACGAUGGAACAACACCAACGCAACAUGAAAUUCCAAAAAUAACAAUAAACGAUGCUUUUGUUCGUAAGACAAGAGGCGAUUAUAUUGAGCCAAAAAUUGUUCAAAUCAAAAGUCAUGUGAUAAAUUCAAGUGGAAAUCGACUGGUAAAUGAAACAAAAUUAAAUCUUUCAAAAAUUGAUAAACCUAUUCAACAAUUGGAUGAAAGUAAUUCAAAUUUAAAGCAACAACAAAAGCUUUCUUCUCCUCUUAUUAAUCCUCGAACAGGUGAUUAUUCUUUAAAUCGUACUCAUUCUACAGAAGGAAUUGCAUCAAAAUUAUCACUGGAAUUGAAAAAACGUUAUUUAUUGGGUGGCUUAAGUAUUGGUGGAUCAGUGAUAAAAUCUGGUUCAACAUCAAAUGUUAAUACAAAAUUGACAAGUUUCACUGAUUCAAUUUCCCAACAUCAAAAACUCUUGAAUCCUGCACCUGAGCCAAGUCCAACAAUGCAAGCAUUUUUAAAACAAGGUGCAAAUAAAAUUAGUUCAUCUUCUUCGUCUAUUGUUUCGAAACCAUCAAGUAAAACAUUUAUUAAAUCAAAUAUAUCGUCAAUUGACGAAAGUCUAGCAACAACUGAAACUCAUCUUCCUGAUUUAAUUAAAGAUUCAAGUAUUUUAAAAUCGAAAACUGAUUCAAAUAUUACAUUGACAAGGAAUUUUAACAAUGACGAAAGUAAAAUUAAAAGUAACAUUAAAGAAAAUAAUGCGAAUAAAGAAGAAAAGGGAAUAAAUGAAGAGAAAAGUAGUGAAAAAUUUCAAAAACUUGAAAAUAGUGAUGAUCAUUAUAGACCAAGAAGUCCUUUACAUGAAACUUGUAUCAUUGUUCCACAAGUAAAUUGGAAUAGAGAAAAUACUACGAAUAGUAAGAAAGAAAAUGAAAGUUCUGAUUCGGAAAUGGAUAGUGAUUCUUUAUCUUUACGUGAAGAUUUUAUUGAUGUUAAAAAGAAGGAAGAGGAAGUAAAAGAAAAGAAAUUUAAUUUGUCUCGACCAAAAUUACAAAUUCACAGCACUGAUGGAGAUCUUUUGCUAGACGAGACAAACGAUCGUGAGGAAAUUGAACCCGAUUCAAUAGAAUGUAUGAGAUUAGAGGAAAUAUCAAAAGAAAUAGAAUCAGUGAAAAAUAUCGAAAUAGUAAAUAAUAAUAUGAAACAAUUGGAAUUGGAGGAAGAAGAAGAAAGAGAAGAGAAAAGUAUUUGCAUUAGUCCGACUUCAAUAGCUUCGAAUAAUAAAGAUGAUUCUGAUGAAAAUGACGUUACCACUGCUGCUUAUACAGAAACGGAAUAUUCCGAAUGGGCAAGAGACGGUGACGCUAUUGGUUCCGAAGAUAUCAGAGAUGUCGAACUUGGUUUAGAUUCGGAAUUAUUAACAAAACGAAAAAGUAAAAAUAUACUGACACAAAAUAAGGAAGAUAUAAUUGACACAAGUAACGAUGCAUUAAAACUUCUUGCAAAUGGUGAGGAUUUAGAUUUUAUGGAUACUGAUAAUGAGGAAUCAUUAUUGGACGAUAGUUUACGAGAAGCGUCAAAUAAUGCUCUAUUAAAAAAUCGCGGUUACAUCGAGUUUGUUAAUUUUAAAACAUUAACACCUACGAAAUUUCAUAAAUUAAGUGCUCCAAUUGCCAAAAUAGAAGUGGAAAAUGAUGUUGAUGAUGAUGAUGAUGACGAUUUAGAAAUUGAUAAUAUAGAUGUGAUUAAAAUAAAUCCCGUUACAAUGGAUGAUGUAAUUGAUAAACUCAAUGGUGCUGUGAAUAAAUUUGUCAAAUUGCCAAGUGACAAAAAUAACAGAAUAAUUGAAAACAAUGAUGUCGAACAAAGCAAUAAGGAAAUUUUACAAAUGGAUGAAGAUAGUCUAUUAAUAGUUGAACCUGCCGAAGAUACAACAACAAGUGAAUUAAUAACUGUUGUUGCAACAUGUCCUCAACUGCCUAUUGUACCGCAAAAUAAAGAUGAAUUACUCGAUGAUACAACAAAUACCGAUUAUUUGGAAUACGUUAAACGUCUUCAAUCGAGAAUAGCCGAAUUUAGUAAUGCUAAAGAUUCCAUAGAUAUAAGAAAAUCAAAACGAAAAAAUUCAAAAUCUUUAAUUCAAUUGCAUACAAAUGAUAUAAUAUCCGAAGAGAUAAAAGAUAUCAACAAGGAGAAAGAUUCUUUAGACGCUGUUGAUACUACUAGAAAAUUAGAAGAAAUCACAAGAGAACGUUCUAAACAAAAAACAGUCAUUCAAAAUUUACUAAUGGAUAAACUUGAAGCCCAUAAACAAAAAUCGGCGGAGAAAAAAGCAAAACGAGCCGCGAGGGCUUCUUCAUUUUCAAAUAAAAAUCUCUCACCGGUAAAAAUUGGUAUUUCAGCUCCUCCUAAUCCUCCUCCUUCAUCUUCUUCUACGGAUAAUCAAAUUGAACAAUCACCAAGAGAAAAUAAAAUACUCUCAGUUUAUAAACCAUUGGAUUUUUCAACUCCACAAGAAAAAAUAUCGGAAUUUACAACACCCAUUGCUCCUCCCAGAACAAAACAUGAGGAAACAAAGAAAACAACUGAAAAAGCAAAACAAGAUGCAAGAGAACGUGCCCGAUUGAAGAGUGAUCAAGAUCUUGGAUUGAGUCCAGAGGAUAAAAUUAAAGAAUUAAGAAUGAAAGUUGCACGUCGACAACAUUAUAGUGAAGAAAGAAGAAAAAAUGAAGCUGAAAAUGUAAGACCACAACGCUUAUUGAUGAAUUCACCAUAUGGAUUGAAAGCAAGUAAAAGUACUGAUAAUUUUAAGACAAUAACGAGAAAUAUGAAUUUUGAUGAAUUAAAAACACCAACAAAUGCAAAAUCAAUGGAUGAAUUGUUACAAACAAUUGAUAUGAAGAAGGAUGAAACAGCAUGUGUUAUUAAGAGAGAUAAAAGAAAAUUGAAAGAUUCAGAAAGAAGAAAAAGUAUUAUUCAAGCUGUAUCUGAUUUUUUCAAGAAAAAAGACUCAUCGCCUACAAUGGGAAAAGAGAAAUUAUUCACAUUUCGAUUGACUCCAAAAUCAAAGGAAAAAGGAAAGUUGUUUAAAUCGUAUUCGGAUGCGUCGAAUAUGGAUAAAUCAAUGUCUCCAAAAUUCGAUGCAAGACCAAAAAGUGUAACUGAAGGAAUGUUAGUGGAGAGUUUUCUUUCAGAAGUUCCACCACCACUUCCUCCUCUGCCUUUAAAUUAUACUGCAUUAACAACACACAUGUUAGAUGGAAAUUUGUCAGAUGAUGAUUCGAAAACAACUGCCUUAUCAACCUCGCAAGCAAAUAAAACAGAUGAUUUUUGCAAUAGCAUUUCACGUAAAACUAAAGCUACUAAACGAAUAGCAAGACAGGCACAAUUAAAAAGGUUACGAAUGGCGCAAGAAAUUCAGAGAAAAUUAGAGGAAACGGAAGUUAAGCAAAGAGAAUUAGAAUGCAGAGGAGUUAGUGUGGAAAAAGCUUUAAGAGGAGAAGGAGAUUGUUCGAAUCGUGAAGAAGCUGAUUUAUUGCGUGAAUGGUUUGAUUUGAUGAGAGAACGAACAGAAUUACGAAGAUAUGAAAAAGAACUUUUGGUAAGAGCUCAGGAAGUACAGUUGGAAGAUAGACAUGAAAGAUUACAGCAGGAGCUUCGAGAAAGAUUGGCCGAUGAUGAUCAAAACAAAACUAGUGCAGAUGUUAAGAAAGAAGGAGAAAUUUUAACAGAGAUGUUAGAAAUAGUUGCAAAGCGCGAUUCACUGAUUGCUCUUUUAGAAGAGGAGCGACAAAGAUAUCAAGAUGAAGAUCGUGACCUUGAAGCUCAGAUGUUAGCAAAAGGCCUCCGAUUAACACCAGUUAAAAGGCGAGAAAAGCAAUCGCUUUAAUUCUCAAGUAAAUCGUAUAUAUAAUUUUGUAAAUAGUCUUUAAUAUACAUUUUCACUGCAAUGGAAUUCAAAAAAAACAUACAGCUCAAAUAUUUUAUAAAUGCAAUUGUAUUUCCAAAAUAAUUUAUGUAUCGAAGUUUUAUUAUAUAUAUAUAACACUCUGAGACAUUUACUAAUCUUUUUUUUUAAUUCCGUAUACGUCACAGUUGUGUUAUAUUUCCUGUGUAUUAUAAAAUGAUGUUCUAUAAAAAAAGAUAUUUCUAA